AUGAGUAAGAUCAAGAGUAUCGAGUACUUCCGGGUAAUGCCCCGCUGGCUAUUUGUGAAAAUCUGUGAUGAGGCCGGCAACUACGGAUGGGGAGAAUCCACCUUGGAAGGGCAUACAGAAGCCGUCGAAGGCUGCCUUGAUGCGUUGAUCAAGCGGUUUAUGGGCUAUGAAGCCGAUGACAUCGAGCACAUCUGGCAGUCCGCGUGGAGACUUGGUUUCUACCGCGGCGGUCCAGUCUUCAUGUCCGCCAUCUCAGGCAUCGACAUCGCCCUCUGGGAUCUCAAAGCCCGCCGUCUCGCCGUCCCCCUCUACCAACUCCUCGGCGGCAAAGUUCGCAACAAAGUCCAAGUCUACGCCUGGAUUGGCGGCGACCGGCCCGCCGACGUCGAAUCCGCCGCAAAAGCGCGCCUCGCGCAAGGCUUCAAAGCCGUCAAGAUGAACGCCACCGAGGACAUCGGCUGGCUCGACUCGCCCAGUUCUCUCGAAUCCUCCGUCGAGCGCCUCAAGAAAGUCAAGGCCCUGAGUAUGGACGCUGCGCUUGAUUUUCAUGGCAGACUGCACAAGCCGAUGGCGAAGCAGCUUGCCAAGGCGCUCGAACCGCAUCAUCCGCUCUUCAUCGAGGAACCCCUGCUCUCAGAGCACCCGGAGGGGAUCAAGCAGAUCUCCAAACUCACGACCUGCCCAAUCGCGCUCGGCGAGCGCCUUUACAGCCGAUGGGACGUGAAGCGGUACCUCGAAGACGCUUCUGUAGACGUGCUGCAGCCGGACGUCUCUCACUGCGGCGGCAUCUCUGAGCUCAAGAAGAUCGCGGCCAUGGCUGAGGCGUAUGAUGUUGCGAUCGCGCCGCAUUGCCCGCUGGGCCCGAUUGCGCUGGCGGCGUGCUUGCAUGUUGGGCUCUCGACGCCGAAUCAUGUUAUCCAGGAGAUGUCGUUGGGGAUUCACUAUAAUGUCGAAGCUGGGGAUUAUGAUCUUCAUAGCUACGUGCAUAAUCCAAGCGCUUUUGAUGUCAGAGACGGACAUGUCGACAUUUUGACGGGCCCCGGUCUGGGGAUCGAAGUCAAUGAAGAGGAGGUGAGGAGAGUUGCGAAGACUGCGACGUCCUGGCCGCUUCAGGGGUUCGUUGGUAAGGAUGGCGGGAUUCGAGAGUGGUGA